GCUAACAACAGGGUAUAAUAAAAAACUAGUUAUAGUAUGUACACUACAUUGUUUUUUGUUUUUUUGUUUAUUUGAAGAACCUUAUAAUCUUAUAUAGGAUAUACCCUGUCUAUUAUAAAAUCCCCUUUAAAGCUAAGAAACAUUCAGGCUGUAGGCAAAAAUUAUGUUUCGUAUUAAAAAAAGAUGUAUUUAUAUUGGUCAACAUGUGUAAGAUAUUUUUAUGCAAAUAUAGUGGGCUGAGGUUUUACUUUCAUUUAAUGAGUAUGACUUGUCAGAAACAAACUAACACUUUUCUUUGAUUAUGUUUGAAAAAUUUUUAAGGGAUUAAAAUAUUUCCUAAUAAAAUAUGGAAAGCAAGUGAGUAAAGUUAGAGCAUACGUUUUCGGCUAUCAGAGACUGGAAAUUUGAAACUGAAAGAGUAUCUAGUUCAGACUCUCGGUUCUCAUGUUUUGGGUUUACGAGUUUAAGCUUGUCUCCAGCAAGCAAAAAUAACAAAAGCAAAGUGUACAUACUUGCUGUCUAUAUGUUUGCUUUUGAAAAAUCAGUCCCUACACAAUCGCAAAUUGGUGCUCGUAAAAUAAUUUGUCAAGUCCUGGUUUUGUGUUUAGAAUGGUAAUUAAAAAAGUACUGUAGGUGUAAACCAGUUGGAGACUGCAGUAUGCGCCACAAUGAAAAUUUGAUCAGAUUUUGUUGCUCUGGUGUCUCAUGUAUGUCAGCUGGUUUUAUUACAAACCCAAUAGAUGUUAUCAAAGUGCGUCUUCAAUUGGAUAACCAACUAUCUCGCAAUCCAAACAUAUUUACAAAUCGAUAUUAUAAAGGUUUUUUUCGAGGUGGACUUCUGAUUGUGAAAGAUGAAGGCAUUGCUGGACUGUACAAAGGUGUUGUGGCAUCAGUGAUGCGUGAAGGUAUAUACAGUACAAUCCGUCUUGGUGCGUAUGAACCAGUUAAAGGGUUAAUUGGAGCUUCUGAGAAACAUGCACCUUUUUGGAAGAAACUGAUUGCAGGUGCAACAACUGGUGCGAUUGGGAGUGCGAUUGCGAAUCCUACCGAUUUAGUUAAGAUUCGAAUGCAAGGACAAGGUAGAAUAAAACCAGGUGAGAAGCCGCGCUACGUUAGUACGUUAUCAGCAUUUCGCGACAUCAUCAAAAACGAAGGUGUACUUGCUUUAUGGAGAGGUGUUGGUCCCACCGUACAAAGAGCUACCAUUUUGACUGCCACACAAAUACCAUCUUACGAUCAUACCAAGUAUAUUUUAUUACAUCGAGACAUAAUGGAGGAAGGACUGAAAUUACACAUGGUGGCUUCAAUAACAGCUGGUUUUAUUACAGCCUUAGUGACUAGCCCGGUAGACGUGGUUAAAACUAGAGUUAUGAAUGAAGCUAUUGCUUCCAAAGGAGAAGUAGUAUAUCGAUCGAGUUUUUCUAGUUUACAAAAAAUCUUAAAAGCAGAGGGCGUGCUAGGACUUUAUAAAGGCUUCAUUCCGAACUGGAUGAGGAUUGGACCGCAUACGAUAAUUACGUUCUUAAUAUUCGAACGGUUAAGAAAUCUAGUCGGGCUUAAACCUAUUUAGAUUGUUUUUUUUCAGAGUUUUAGGAUAUUUUUUACAUAAUUUAUAUAGUACUGCUAUUUUUAUUAUUCAGUGUUUUGAAAGUUAAAUUAGUUGUCAGUUACAACGCUGUGAUUGGUGGGACAACGCAUUGCUUUUAAAUUGCUUAGUUGAGAUGGAUUUUUUUGUUGUUGCCAAGAUUAAUUGAAACAGUUAGUUAGUACCAAUUCAAGCACCUUAAGGAGAGAAAUUUCCACGAUUCAUUUUUUUGAAUAUUUUGCGAGGCUUUAAUUUAUCGGUGGGUUUUUUGCGAGGAUUAAGUUUCGCCAAUCUUUCUUCUAACAAUGUUUGAUUUAUUUUGAUUUUUUUGCGUUUUUUUUCUUUAGCUAGUACUAUGGGAGUCACGGGACUCUUACCCAAACUUUAGCAUUGAAGAUGGAGACUAUCAUCUGUUUUUUCUCUUAUAAUCUGACACAAUGAGUCAAAUGUAAAGAUACAAGAUCCAUACUAAAGUUUGUCGUGAGAAUCGUCCAUAUAAUUCUUUAGUCCUUUCUUAAUAUUGUUUGCUAAUUGCUAAAAAAAUUGGGUAUAAUUAUUUUCGCGAAUUAGUCCUUCGGAAGAUUUUUUGCAAAGAUUUGUUAUCGCGAAUUUGACAAAAAUUGGCGAAAAUUGGUCUCUUUAGCAAUUUUUCACCAGAAGGUUGUUAGUUAAGUCCAAAAUGAGUCAGGAGAAAAGAACAUAGGUUAGAUCAUUUUUAUUUAAACGGAACAUUAAACAUUUUAUAUAUUAGUUCUAUAGCCUGUAUAUAUAUAUCAUCAAAUAUUUAUCGGUUUAUUAAAAACUAUAAAAUACAUGCAAAAACAUCAAAUUAAACAAAAAAGUCUUCGAGAAGGUUCUAAUCGACAUCCAUGCCACCCUGAAAUAAGUAUGUUAGGGUUAUUGGUGUUUUCAUUUUGUGCCCCAAAAUGCAAGUUUUAGUGUUAUUUUAGCAUUUUCUUAUACGAAAUAAGUAAAAAAAUAAAAGAAAUAUUUUGAACAAUAUAUAUUUUCAGAAAGUUUAAAGAAACAUAUUUCAAGCUUCUGAUAUGUGCUGACAGCCAAAAUUUAUCUUCCAUUUUGUUCUUUUUUUGACGCACUGCACCAAAUUUGCUUCCAUUUGAAAAAGUGUGUUAGAAGUUAUGAAAGGUUGGGACUAAUUAACCCCGAGAUUUAUGUUAAAACACCCCAAAAAGAUCAGUAUAUUUAGUUAAUGGUCAGUUUUUAGUAUCUGGGCAUACUCAAUUUUAUUCUGGUUGCGACGCCUGUGUUUUGGCAGCUUUAACUAAUUUUUAAUGACGUCAGCACGCAUCAUUUUAUUGGAUUCUUAGAGUUAUGUUGCGUUUUCUAUACCUUAUUUUCUUUGUCGGUGUGAAAUCCAUAACAGUCAAAAUAUAAAUUCUGGGUGGCUAUUCUACCGAAACAAACAAAA